GUUGUACAUUACAAUACAGGAAGCACUAUGUGUCUACGUGCCUUCUACCUCGUAAACCCUCCCGCUCAGACCUACAUCUGUCUGCUUAUUGCUGCGCAGCACUCAGAGACGUCAAGGACCUCUGAAGCAGCAGGUGUUUGGAAUACUUUGAAAACAUGUCUGGAUUUUUCCAAAUGCUGAGGAAGAGGAAGGAGUUGAUUCCUCUGGUGGGAUUCAUGGCUUUUGCAGCAACAGGAGCCACAUCUGCUUCCCUCUACUUUCUGUUCACAAAGUCUGAUGUGAUUUUGAACAAGACUUCAAACCCAGAACCCUGGGAAAGGCUUGACCCAUCUAAACCCCAAAAGCUCGUCACCAUCAAUCAGCAGUGGAAACCAGUGGAGGCGCUGGAAAUGGUGAAAUCCAUGACCAAAUAGAGAGCAGAUCAAGCAUCGUUUCUGAAGAUGUAGAGUCUUGACUUCUAGCCAGGCCCCCUCAUCAGUCUAACAGAAUCCUUUCUGCACAAACUAGGAUGCUUUGACACUCAGUGUGCGGAAAUGCUUCUGCUCAACUGGUGGGGUUUCACCCUGCUCUGCAGCGGCAACACAAAGACAUCCAUCCAUCAGCAGGAAAUAAAUAAAAAAAAAGCUCUGUGAGAUUAGGACGGGUCAUAUGUUUUUAUUUUUUGGUUUGUGUUUUUUUUAGAGUUGAAUGUAUCAGCUGUGGUUUGUUUUACCGAGAUGCCUCAUAUGUGAAUGUUCAUGGCUGUCUGAAAAUGAAUCAUAGACCCAAAAUGCUGUACUGUAUAUUGUCAAUAAAUUAUUAUGA